ACACGUCGUUACGUGCCCGGAGUCGGGGACGCGCAAACCAGCUGCCUCUGAUCCCCCGCGCUCGUUCACGAGGAUGUAAACACCUGACCGCUCCGGGGGGGGAAACAGACCCACCCCGCAGACAUUCCUCCGGAAACCUUCCCGACGGUUCGCGCAGCUGUGCGAGUCCUCCGAGCGGGAUGGCGGAGGAGAUGUCGGUGUCAGGGGACCAAACGGUGGACGGCGGCCCGCUGGGGGACUUCCGCCAGCUGACGCGUCUCUACUGCAAGAAUGGCGGACACCACCUGCAGAUCGUGGCCGAUGGGACGGUGCGGGGACAGAGGGACGAGGGCGACGUGCACACUGUGUUGAAGCUCACAGCGGUGGAUAAAGGCGUAGUCGUUGUCCAGGGAACGCGAGCCGGGCGAUAUUUGGCCAUGAGCGACGAGGGCCGAUUGUACAGCUCACCCACCGUGACUGAUGAAUGUUACUUCCUGGAGAAGCUGGAGGAGAACCACUACAACACAUAUGCAAGUCAGAAAUAUCAGGAGAGGAACUGGUAUGUUGCCCUGAAGAAGAACGGAAGACCUAAACUGGGCCCAAGAACUCACAUCGGACAGAAGGCCAUCUUCUUCCUGCCCCGACGGCUCGAAGACUCCGCAGAGUGAAAACGAACGACGGGACACGGAGAAAUUGCGUGAAAAUGGUAGCAGAGGAGCGGCAAAGUAUUUGAGAUGUAAAUCCGAUGCAUAGUUAUUAGGACGAGGUCCUGCUUGUGUUGUUGUAACAAAAAUGUUUUUCGGUCCAAUAACAGCAUGCCGUUUUAGUUGGAAACGGGGCUUUUUGCUGCAGAGAAAAAAAAUGAAUUAAGUCAAUCAAGGUGAAGUAAUGGUUCCCACACUGAGGGGAACUCUGCUUCUUACAGAGAAGUUAAAAUAGAUAUAAUGCAUUAGGUAAUAUAUUUACACAGUUAUAUUGUAAUCAUCUUUUUAUCUAACCCACUGCAGGAGCGAAUAACCCUUGUCUAGAUAAGCAUUUUUAAUUUUCUCAUAAAUUGCACUCGACUCUGUGGGAAGCAACAUUGUAACCAUCGGCUGGAAGGAUGUGGUUGACUUGUUGGAAGUUGCGUGCUGCAGUUUCUCUCGUUGCACUUUUGUGCAGCCAAAGCUUCGUCUCAGCAGAUUAGAAAAGAGAUCGAUCAUCACCUGCGCCUCCCGAGCUACUCGCUCGCCACAGGUGAGGGUGACAAAAAAAAAAGGAAUUCCAUAUUUUCAGCAGCAGUAACCUUUUGCUUUUACCAGGUGUGUAAUAGGACCCAGGUCCAGAAUACUGACCUGUAAAUAAUAUAAUCUUGUAUGUAACAAUCUAGAAAACUGAUGCAUUAAAAGUGACAUUUAUUUAACA